AUGGAAAGAAAUUUCUUUUAGAGAUCUAACUUUGAAAGAGAAUUUGAAAGUCAGGAAUCUGACGAAGAUGAGGAUGACUUCAUGUCUGAUAAAUACUUGGUAACAGCUUAACAAUUAGACUAGAAUAUUCGAAAGGAUAAGAUCAAGGCACAAAAGUUUGACACUAAAAUUAAAAAUGCUGAUAAGCUUAAAGAUGAUAAAAGAUUAGAUAUUUGUCAGGAAAAUGUUGAAAUAACAAGACAUAAUAUGAAACACUAGAUGAUGAUUAAAGUUCAUGAGGGAUUAGAAACCAAAAUUACUUCUGAGAACAAAGGCUAUUAAAUGCUAUUAAAAUUAGGUUUCAAGUAAUUAACUUCAAAUUAAACUAUUAAAUUAGGGAAGGUAAAGGGCUUGGAAAGAAAGAGGAGGGAAUGA